GAGAAAAAGGAGGAGCAGGAGCACUAAAGUGAAGCACCACCUCAACGGUAUCCUCUGCCUCUUCCUGGGACACCUCUUCUCACCCGUAUCUUUUUCUCCCCCACUUCCAGUCCUUCACUGAUUCCUACGAGGACUUUUUGUUUCAUUUGCAGUAUUAUGGCUACUUCAGAGAGCAGAGUGAUCAUUUGCCGGACUGCCAAACACCAGUGUGUUUGGAAAAGGUGCCCUCAAAUCCUUUUGGAAAGGGAUAGUAACCCCAAGAGAAGUGAUUUGGGCCAGAAAGAGGAGGAGAAGAAGCAGCUAGUAUGUACCUUUAUGCUGGACGCGACAAUUAUCAAGAGCAAUCAGCUACUUUAUGACAGCGAGGGCCAGGGAACCCCUCAACUGAGGGAACCUCGAGAGCUCUUUGCCUUUCCUGCCCUGAAUGAAUCGCUACGGGCCCCACGGUGGCCAAUAGAACGCGAAGUCAUCAAGGAAAAAAUCCAUCACAUUGAGUGGAUUCCACCUCUACCUGAGUAUUUCUACCAACCUACAGGACAGGAGAAGGUGCCACAAAUUGUAGGAGAGGAGAAAGGAACUGUUGUAUAUCAUAUAGACUCAGCAGCAUCAGCUAAUGGUACCUACUUCACCAGCUCCAGAGUGGGAGGCAGACGGGGAAUCAUCAGGCCCUCGGCGGUUGAACUGAAAGGGCCCGAGGACAAUACUCUGCUGUUUGAAUCGAGGUUCGAGAGCGGGAAUCUUCAAAAAGCCGUAAGAGUUUUCCCCCAGGCGGGAGGGACUAUCCAACUUGCUGAGCAUCCUUUCCUCCACCCCGCCCAUUUCAGAGACACCUUCGAGUACGAACUCACCCUCCAGCCGGACCUGUACACCGGCAGGCACACCCAGUGGUUCUACUUCCGGGUCCAAAACACCCGAAGAGGGGUCGCCUAUCGCUUCACCAUCGUCAACCUGACGAAAGCCAAGAGCCUUUACGCCACGGGGUUGAAGCCCCUCAUGUACUCCCAACUGGACGCCCAGACCGGCCAAGUCGGUUGGAGGAGGGAAGGGGGAGACAUCAAAUACUACAAGAGCAGCCAAGGUGCGGGGCAGCGGCCUUUGUACUGCCUCACUUGGACCGUCCAGUUUCCCCACGACAACGACACUUGUUUCUUCGCUCAUUUUUAUCCCUACACUUAUACCGACCUGCAACGCUACGUCCUGACAGUGGCCAACGACCCCGCCCGGGCUUCCUACUGCAAGCUCCGAGGCCUGUGUCGGAGCCUGGCCGGGAACACCGUGUACCUCCUCACCAUCACCAGCCCGUCCAGAAGCCCCCGAGAGGCGGCCGCCAAGAAAGCUGUGGUGCUAAGCGCCCGGGUUCACCCCGGGGAGUCCAACGGCUCCUGGGUGAUGAAGGGGCUCCUGGAUUUUAUCCUUAGCGAUGCUCCGGAUGCGCGACUUCUCCGAGACACCUUCCUCUUCAAAGUGGUGCCCAUGUUGAACCCGGACGGGGUCGUGGUGGGGAAUUCCCGCUGCUCCCUGACCGGCAGGGACAUGAACAGACGUUACGGGACCAUCCUGAAGGAUUCUUUCCCUUGCAUUUGGCACACCAGCAAAAUGAUCAAGAGAAUCCUUGAAGAGCGAGAGAUUCUGCUGUACUGUGAUUUUCACGGGCACAGUCGGAAGAACAAUGUCUUCAUGUACGGUUGUAACAAUAAAAAUGACCAUAAACGCCAACUUCAUGAGCGGGUCUUUCCUUUAAUGUUAAGCAAAAAUGCCCCAGAUAAGUUUUCUUUCCAGAGUUGUAGGUUUAAGGUCCAGAAAUGCAAAGAAGGAACCGGGCGGGUUGUGAUGUGGAGAAUGGGAAUCCAAAAUAGCUACACUUUGGAGUCCACAUUUGGAGGCUCAACGCUUGGUUGUAAGAGAGAGAUUCAUUUUACCACGGAAGACCUGAAAUCCCUUGGUUAUCAAGUCUGUGAUACUUUAUUAGAUUUCUGCGAUCCUGACCGCUCCAAGUUCAGGCAGUGUUUAUCAGAGCUUCAGGAGAUACUUCAACAAGAAAUCUGUAAAAAAUGCGAGCACCUUGGACAAGAGAAGGAUUUGGAAGGCACUUGGAGUGACAUCUCUUGGUCUGACAUUGAAUCCAGCACCAGUGGCUCCGAUAGCUCCGAAUCCGAUGGCCUCCCUGUGCAUCUACUGAACCUCGUGGAAAAGAAAAAGAAGAAGAUAAGGAAGAAGAAGAAAAAGAAGGCUCUCCCAACUAGAAAACAAAGAAACCAACUGCAACAGAAAAACAGUCUGAUCUGGGAAGCAAAGUUAUCAGAAGAGAGUCCAGAAAGGGCAGCGUGUGCUGACACACAGAAGAAAACUCACAGACUCAUCAAGAGUUCGGAGAGAAACAACUCCUCAGCAGAGAAGAAGAGCGAGCUACAGUCAGCCAGAGGGGGCAGAGGCAGAGGAAGUCCAAGCCCCAACACCCUACAGAAACUUACCACCGUGACUGUGGUAGGGAGGAGCAAUGAAAUACAGCGCAAGAACCCGGGAGCUUUAGCUGUCUCAUACUUGCCAAAGAAAGAAUCAGGCAAAAACCUAGGGGCAUCUCCAGUGGAGUUUGCCUGGGCAGAGAGUCUGAGAGAUUCCCACCCCUCUCUUCCUCCAGUCAAGAAGCUCCACCCGUUACUCAUCCCCAUGGUGGCUCCAGCUCCAUCAGAAAUCUCCAAAAGGUUCACUUCUACUGUUAAACGGGGUCAAAGUGUGCCUCACGGACAACUGAGCCAAGAGGGUUGUGAGAAACAUGCUGCUUUGCACAGUGAACUUAAGAGAGCCUUUCAGGCCCCAGAUUGA